ACCUAGACAGCAUUUUGAGGCACCUUGGGUGCAUUUAAACGUUGUGGUCAAAAUGCCGUCUACGUAGUCAGCUCAUUAAGUUUUGAAGCACAGCCUGUAUGUUUGUGUUUACAGCACUGACAACAAAGCUUACUUAGAUUUUUAAAUCUGACAUGCCACAAACAUAUUUUAAAAGAUUCGUAAGUGAGCUUUAUAGUCCGCUUUUAAACAAAAUCAGAUAGUUUUAGUGAACUUGGGUGACAACAAUCUAGAGGGCUGAUCUGAACAGUUUUAGCUUUGUUAUACAUUCACUGAUCUAUGAUAUAUGGACUAUAACAGUGUCACUUCAUUAGGCAUUAAGUUAAAUCUAGAUAUAUGUAUAAAGUCGACCGACUUUAACUACAAUAGACCAGCAUUUAAAUUAAUCAUUUCAUACGUGUUUUUACACUAUACUUAUAUGAAACGUAUAUUUUACUUCCAUGAAACCUGUCCCUAACCUUACCUGUAUCCCACUUCAGUUGCCACAAAGUGUUUUAACAAGCACGAACACAGUAAGUUGUGAGAACACAAUAAGAUAUAUUUAACCUUUUUUUAGUUAAGUAGUUAAAGACACCUAAUAAUAAUAAUAAUGUGGGACCUGAUAUGUUGACUGCGAUAUUUUAUUUGCCUAACAUUAAACUAGUGGUUGCCAAAGAAAGGACAGAAAGAAAGGUAUUUCAGUAGUCGGUCGGUAGUGACCUUGGCUGCUUUUAAGUGAUUCAAUAUACUUGUAUGAAUUUUUAAGUCUUUGUUAAAGUCAACAAUUCAAAUCCUGAUUCCCUACAUUUAGCUCCCUAUUUAGACUCAUUCAAAAACGUCCAGCAAUGUUAAUCUGUAAACAGAAUACAAUUCUAGGAAAGUCUGUUCCAUUUCAGUCUUGCUGAGAUUACAUGUAAAUACACAGCCAAAUGAAUGAUUCAUAAAGCUCUUUUUCUCGGCCUUAAUGUUAUCCUUUCUGAUGGGUAAAUAAUUAAAAAAAGUCUGUCUGUUAUUUCGUCUGCCACUGAAGUAAGGAUGUACAAUAGGAUUUAUCGAUCAGCGCAAGGUUUUAUUGGUAUUAAAGCUGUGAUCAUUCUGCAAUCUAAUUGUUUAAUGACAGGUUGAAUUGUACAGUUGACUGUGAUUGACACUUUAAUGUUAGCUGUCUAGAAAAGGCACAUAUUUAAAAGAUUUCAACAAUGACGGGCUAAGGCUGUUUUGACUGUGUGCUUUUAUUCUGGCCUUGACUGUGAUAGGCGUGUAUAAAGAAGAUGCUCUUCUCUCUGUUGUGACAGGUGGUAGAUCAAGGUCAUGGAAUGAAAAAAAGCAGGGAGUGAGCUGUUUGCUCUCCACAGGUGUUAUCUCUGAGGGAAUUUAGGUGCCUAAAAGAUAAGCUGAUCUUCGAUCUGCUAACAUUACAAAAACCACACAGCUUUCACAGCUUUUACUUCAAUAGUCACAUUUCUGAAGUCAAACAGGACGUUUGAUGAGAGAAGAAUUAGAUCACUCUACAUCACAACCUUUUUAAGUGACACACUGCUGUUCAAAAGUUGAGAAGUCUAAGAUUUUUAUGGUGGUGUUUUUUUCAGGAUUCUGCACUGAUGAAUCAAAAGUUCAAAGGAACUGCAUUUAUUUGAAAUAGAAAUAUUUUGUAAUUUUAUUAAUGUUUUUCCUGUAUCAAUGUAACGCGUCCAUGCUGAAUAUUAAUUCAUUUCAUUAAAAAAUAAAAAUAAAAAAACCUCACUGAGCCCAAACUUUUGAACAGUAGUGUACAUAUCAACUUCCAACAAAAAUUCAACUUUAAAAGAGAACAAAUUUACUCAGGCAUUUUAUUUUUUUAAUGAAAGAUUAUAUAACCUUUUUGUUUUUCUUAGAGCGCAACAAUCAUCCUUUUCCUAUUAAUUUUCUACAUAAGGAUUUCAAAAAAAGGUAUUGGAACUAUUAAUUGAGAGGUAACAGACAAAUGCAAAACAUUGUGUACUUAACUGGAUAGUUCACACAAAUAUUUAAAUGUCUGUCUGUCUUCUGUAAAAUUCGAAAGAAGAUAUCUUGAGAAAUUUCUCAGUGUUUAUAUAAUCUGCACAAUGGAAGUCAGUUGUCACCAAAACUGUUUUGUUGCCAACAUUUUGCAAAAAAUCUAUGGUCAGCAGAAGAAUAAAAAGUCAUAGAGGUUUGUAACGACAUGAGGGGGAAUAAAUGAUCAUAGAAAUUUCAUUUUUGGGUGAAUUAUGCUUUUCUAAAAACAGGAGAUGUGGUUACGAAUUCAAUCCCCAGGAAAUGCGUUAACUGAUAAUGUAUAUCUUUAGUAGACAUAAAUUGGAUAACAGUGUCUAAUAUAACGUCACUUAACAACAUUGUAGCUCCUGGUUGGUUCCAAUUUAUAAGACCAGGAAUGUGUAAUAAUGAACUAAUUAACCUUUAACUCAGCUGUUUGCUGCCAGUUGCCAUUCUAUCUAUAAACUUUUUUGCAUUACGUCCAACCAUGUACACUGAACACUCAAACUUUUGCUUUCCACUGCUUGUUACCACUGAUCAUCAUCUCAAAUGAUGAUCAAUAGUGAUUGUAUUUUACUGUCAAGUUAAGAUUAUUGUUCAACAGGCAAGAUUUCAGUUUUACUGUCCUUUGUAUCUAGCACACCACUCGAGACAACUGUCAGGCCAGCAGUUGUCAUCGAUGUCUGCGUGUAUGUGAGAAAAGCACAGACCGCUUGUCUGUUCAUCCUGUUUACUUGCAUUCCCUGGCAGCCCUCGCUGAGUCUGAAAUGCCAUGAGGGAGGCUGUGUAUGUAUGUGUGCUUGCGUUUAAAUCUAGCCCCUCCGGCUCAUAAAGGGGGCAGUUCAUGUCGCACUGUACCAUGUGUGGGCGGUGGGUGGUGGGUGGCCCGAGCCCGACCUUCCUCUUCUGUCUCUCCCUUGGUCUUUGCAGCCCUGUGUAACAAAACUCUGUCUCUGCUGUGUUGAUUUUCCUAUCAGACGCCUAUCAUGCCUUUUCUCCUGGGGUUUAGACAGACCCGGCUGCCUUGUGUAGGAGUGAACAACCAGAGCUACUUCUGUGAUUCGGGCCACUGCUGUGGGGAAUCUCAGUGUUGCAGCUAUUACUACGAGGUUUGGUGGUUUUGGUUGGUCCUGACUCUCAUCAUCAUUCUGGGCUGCUGCUGUUUGUGCCACCACCGUCGAGCCAAACACAGACUGCAACAACAGCAGCGGCAGCAUGAGAUCAACCUCAUCGCUUACAGAGAAGCCCAUAAUUACACCUCUCUACCCUUCUAUUUCAGGUUCCUGCCUGGCUACCUCUUACCGGCAUACGAGGAAGUCGAGAACAGACCUCCGACGCCCCCGCCUCCGUACAGUGCCUCUCAGCCAGGCCAGGCCACCAGCAUUGACCCCCUGUGCUCUGAACAACCAGAUGAGCUCUGCCCUCCACUGCAGUCCAGCCCCGUCGUCCCGUCUGCAUCUGAGAACUGUUCCCCGGGACCCUGCGUAGAGGAGCCACAUACUCCCACUGCACACCGCCCUGUCAGAAACACCCACAAACCACAGUACCUCAGCCGAGAAGAGGACGGGCAGCCCCAGCAGGUGGCGUGCGCUACCUCACACAGCCCGGUCAAACAGGGCAGCUCCGGCGAGGAUCUGACCGAACCCAUAGAAGACUGUUCUCCCGACAGCAAAGACAAGACUCCAGGACGCCACCGGCGCUUCACGGGAGACUCUGGGAUUGAGGUAUGUGUUUGCAACCAGGGGCCUGGGGAUGGAGAUGAAGAGGAGGAGAUGAUAGAGCUUGUAGGGCACAUGGAUGGAGGGGUGCUCGAGGAGCAGGACUUCUGUGAUAGCUGCAACCCCCGCGGCAGCAGCCCUCCUCGUGGUCCGGGGGAUGAGGAACAGGGCCUGGCUGCCUCAGACGUGCCUCUAGAGCACAGAGAGCAUCAGCGACCUCCAGUCUGCCUCCAUCUGCACACCAUCAACGAACAGGACGGUCCGCAUCACGCCAACAACACGGACCCCCAGAGUUGAGCACAAACGGUUCCAGCAGAGACUUACUUUAGACUGCUGUCUCCCUUUACUUUCUUGAGAUACAUCAGUUUGUACUGUCAGCAGUGUCACUUUGGGUGCACUUUUUGUGUGCGUGCGUGUGUGUGUGUGUGUGUGUGUGUGUGUGUGAGAGAGAGAGAGAGGGAGUUUUAAAAGGGCGUUAAUGUGUGAGUCCUAACGGUUUUUAUGGAUUAAUAGGGUAAUCUAGUAAAGACGUUAAUUGUUCUGUUGCCUCACAGAGAGGUCACGAUCAAAGCCACAGGGGAAAUUCUCCUCAGUUUAUAGCCUUAUCGAGCUCUGGGUGACAUGCCUGUAGAUUUGGAGGCUUUUUGUUGGUUUUUGGGGGCUGAUUGACUCCUACUGAGAUGAAGAUGGCACACAAGGUCAGGAGAUAUUGAUUUGUGCUGGCUUUUGCUCCUGAAUUCUUACCUUUAAUGUCAUUUUAAAAAUACUUAAAGGUUUCAUUCACCCAAAAAUGAAAGAUCUGUCUUUUAGUCACUCAUGGCGUUCCAAGUACACAAGACUUUUGUUCUUGUGUACUUAAAAACACAAAUGAAGAUAUUUUUAUAUUUAAGAGAGAUGUUUUAAAAAAAAAGUCUGUUCCACUAAAAGUGGAUGCUUUAAACAGUUCAAGAUUGUAAAGUAAAUCCAUACGCACAUACAUAGAGCACAUCAAAUAUGGUAAAUAUAAGAUGAAACAUGAUGCACAAGAGCCAAUGAAGUUUCUUGUUGCGCAUCAAGCAACUACAGUUAAACUUGUUUCUAUGUUCCUUGUUCAGUGUUUAAAUGUGAAUAAAAGCUUGAAUUAAAUCUGUUAAUUAUAUAAACCAAUUAUGUCUUCAGAAGACUUGGAUUAAACCACUUGAUUCAUAUGGAUUACAUUUAUGAUCUUUUUAUGAACUUUUUGAAGCAUCAAUAUUUAGGUGGAAUUUCAAAGGAGGUACCUAAAUUUUGCAGGUUUGAUUAAAAGUAUCUUAAUUUUUCGUUUCAAAGAAAAUAAAAAGUCCUAUGCUUUUGAAAUGAUAUGAGGGUGAGUAAUUAAUAACAGAAUUUUCAUUGUUUGGUGAAUUAUCAAUUUAAGAUUAUAUUGUGCACGAAAAGAAAAUGGAAAAGACGGCCACAGAGCAGUCUGUUAAUACUUCAGAGCUUUAAUAUUCAGUUGUUGUUUCUUGUUUUUAUUUCUUGUCUUUUUUUUCUGAAAACGUUUGAUCUGGAGUAUCUGCAUGAUGCUAUUCAGAAAAAUGAAGGAAAGUAAUUAUCUCAAAUAUAUAUAUUUUUGUCUUUUUGUAUCAAUAAGUGAAUGUGCUCCUUACCUAGGGUAUGGUUGCCAUUUUGCUUGUUUUGUCUCAUUGUAUAACAUGGUCUCGGGCUUUAUCCAAUAUUUUGCAUGAUUAUUUGCAUAAACUGAAUACAUUCACAUGCUAUAUAGUAGUACAUUUUGAAGUUCAUUAUGCAAAAACUCUUCUAAUGAAGGCUGAAAAUACCUUUGUAUAUAGAUUGAACCCAGCUUGUAUACAUGUACACUAGGUGCCUUUGUUGAUUUUAGUAGUUUUCAUAUGCCUUAAAGAGAAGAGUGUGUGUCGUAGAAUUUCUGCAUAAAAUAAGGGCCAGUAUGAGUGAAGAUUUUGCUCAGUGGUAACGUCUUGUUUGAAAGGAUCACUUAAUAAGCCUUCCAUCGAAACAUAUCAUUUAAAUAUGUUUGUUUUUUGCCUUAAUUUAAUUUCUGUAUCCUCCCAUAGUGCUUUUAAGUUGUUUUUGUACCUUAACACUGUAAGGGAACUCUUGCACCACUAACAGUAACUUAUGUACAGGCCUUAUUAAGCUUUUAAUGUGUGUUUUAUUGUAGCAGAUCAGGUAAGGUUACUGUCAUGUUAGUGUAGCACUUAAGUCGGGUUCAUGAUGAGAUUGAGAUUUGUUUUUCUGUGUCGGUGAGACUGAAAGCUACUCCACUGCAUUCCCUACACUGUCUGAGUGAGUGAGUGUGUGUGUGUGUGUGUGUGUGUGUGUCAUUGUAGGAUCCUUUAAGUGGAUCGUUCUUCAGGCCACUGUGUUUGUUUGACCUUUGGUUUAGAUUAGCAGUUAGGUGUCCUAUAAUAGAGUCUUAGCUUGGGCACAGAUGGCUUUCCUGUUGAUCUUCAGAUCAGAGUGUUCCUGUGUAAAUGGUGGCUAAUUUUCUUUCAAACGUGAUGUGGCCGGUAAAUUAGGUUCCUAGUGUUUUGGCUGGAAAAAACAUUUUGGGAAGCAGAUUCCAACAUUGACGUGGUGCCUUUGGAAAUAUUUUUGUAGCAGUAUUGUUUGGCUAAACCUAAUAUUGAGCAUUCUGAAUUGUUUGGACCAGUUAUAGCAUUGUAGCAUCCAAAUUAUUUGACCGAUUAAGUGAAGCUUGAAGCUACGAAGUAGGGUCAGUGAGGAGAUCAAGUCAUCUGUUGCAGCAGUGGUGCUCAUGACGAUCUUUCUAGCUCUAGUCUCCAUUGUUUUCUAUUGUCCUUUGAUGUUUGAGACCAAAGGUAUUGAUUAAAAGUGGAAAUCUGAGUCGCUAUAUUGGGUAGCUCACUGUGAAUGAGACAUGUUUUGCCUGAAAAAGUUGUCAUUGCACUGUUUUGACACUGAGCAGUGAGUGUGUGUGCUUGAAGGUGACGAAGGCUUUGCAAGCCAAUUGUUUUUUUUUAAUUUCUUAAGCUUUGAUUCAGGCCUGGUACUACGUUUUAGUUUUGUAUCCGUAGUCACUUUCUUUUUAUAUAUGAAACUGUAUUUUCCGCAUUUUAUAAGAAGACUCAACCAAAUUAAAGAGUAUCAAAGAAUGUUCCAUAUGAAUAAAAAAAAA